AUGAUGAGACUCAGGAGCGGUCGUGGCUACGUGCCUUUGGUAAGCCGACGUGGCCGAUCUCUCUCAGUCGACACAUUGGGAACAGUUACUAACGAAUUUUCCGUGCACAACGGGAGCCUGUUGGCAGAAGCUGCCGAGAUCUCUCCCGAGAUACAGAACGAACAGGACACGCUAGCGACGACACUAGAAGUCGAGCUAGGUGCCAGAGAAGCCAACGAGAACGACGGACACGAGAUAGAUCCAAGCACAGAACUUGCAGCUCCGGGGACUAGCCCCGUCAAUACCUGCAGCGCGAAUGACCGCAGCGCGGAUGGAACCUCUAGUGACAGAACGUUCGGAGACUACCUCUCAGACGAAGAGGCAGAUAUGUCGAUAGCCAGCGAAGACGACCUUCGUCCAACGGGGCAAGAUAACCCAGAACGCCCCAUUAUUCCCGUGCCCCCUCAGAACUCCCCUGACCCAUAUCCCCGAUUCAGUGAGAAAUCUUUCUCAUUGUCAGAUAUCUUAGCGAUGCCGGACGACGCUCUCAAUAAGAUCCUUCGCUUCGAAUAUAUUCAGCUACUGGCACUCAGACGGCUCGUGCGUCCACGUCUACUGAAAAAGGCAAAGGACGCGAACUACUUUCGCCCACGCUGCCAACACCACGUCAGUCGAAAGGCUAUGACUGAAGCCAUUGCAUGCGAUGUGCCCCACUUGCCCGCACGCGGGCGGUUGAUACCCUGCCUGCUAGGAUUCGAGUGCUGA